GGCGGCGCUGCGGGUAUUUGUGGGCGCCGGGAGGAGGGCGGCGGGCAGCGCGCGCGGCUCGGCUCGGCAACCGGAUGACUCAGUGGUAUCAGCUACAGCAACUUGACUCCAAGUUUUUGGAGCAAGUUCACCAGCUGUAUGAUGACAGCUUUCCUAUGGAAAUCAGGCAGUACCUGGCACAGUGGCUGGAAAACCAGGAUUGGGAACAUGCAGCCACUGAUGUAUCAUUUGCUACAGUGUUAUUCCAUGACCUGCUGUCACAGCUUGAUGAUCAAUUUAGUAGAUUCCUGAUAGAAAACAACUUUUUGCUGCAACACAACAUAAGGAAAAGCAAACGUAAUCUUCAGGAUAACUUCCAAGAAGACCCAAUUCACAUGGCAAUGAUCAUCAACAACUGUCUGAAAGAAGAAAGGAAAAUACUGAACAGUGCCCAGUUGUCAAGUCAGAUGGAAGUGGGGAGCAUACAGAACACUGUGGUUGGGAUGCUGGACAGGCAGAAGGAGCUUGAUGCAAAAGUUAAGGCUGUAAAAAACAGUGUUGUGGAUGUGGAGCAAGACAUCAAGACUUUAGAGAAUAUGCAAGAUGAAUAUGACUUUAGGUAUAAAACCUCACAGAACAGAGAGCAUGACUCCAAUGGUGUGUCACAGGAGGAAUAUAAGAAGGAACAGAUGAAUCUCAAGAUGAUGUUUUUAUCACUUGACCUCAAGAGAAAGGAAGUGGUGAACAAGAUAGUGCAGCUGCUGAAUGCCACAGAGCACACACAGAGUGCUCUUAUUAAUGAAGAGCUGGUGGAGUGGAAACACAGGCAACAGACUGCCUGUAUUGGUGGCCCACCCAAUGCCUGUCUUGACCAGCUACAGAACUGGUUCACCACCAUUGCUGAAAGUCUACAGCAAGUUCGUCAGCAGCUCAAAAAGCUUGAGGAACUGGAGCAGAAGUUUACCUAUGACCCUGAUCCCAUCACAAAAAAUAAACAAGUUCUGCAGGAUCAGACACACAGUCUUUUCAAACAACUCAUCCAGAGCUCUUUUGUGGUAGAGAGGCAGCCUUGCAUGCCAACGCAUCCUCAGAGGCCAUUAGUUCUGAAGACAGGAGUACAGUUCACUGUAAAGCUGAGAUUGCUGGUGAAACUGCAGGAAUUGAACUACAACUUGAAAGUGAAAGUUCUAUUUGAUAAAGACAUAAAUGAGAAGAACUCAGUCAAAGGGUUCAGGAAAUUUAAUAUUUUGGGAACGAGCACAAAAGUAAUGAACAUGGAAGAAUCUACUAAUGGAAGUCUAGCAGCAGAAUUCAGGCACUUGCAACUGAAAGAACAGAAAAACGCAGGAAGCAGAACAAAUGAGGGUCCUCUCAUUGUAACAGAAGAACUUCACUCUCUGAGUUUUGAGACACAGCUGUGCCAGCCUGGCUUGGUAAUAGACCUAGAGACCACAUCCCUUCCCAUUGUUGUGAUCUCAAAUGUGAGCCAGCUUCCAAGUGGAUGGGCCUCCAUUUUGUGGUUCAACAUGCUGUCUACUGAUCCCAAGAACUUGUCCUUCUUUCUGAAUCCACCUUAUGCAAAGUGGUCUACACUUUCUGAAGUUUUGAGUUGGCAGUUUUCAUCUGUAACAAAGAGAGGACUUAACCCAGAUCAGCUGAGCAUGCUGGGAGAGAAGCUACUUGGGCCAACAAGUGGAGGAUCUCAGGAUGGCCUUAUCCCCUGGACAAGAUUCUGCAAGGAAAAUAUAAAUGAUAAAAGUUUUCCCUUUUGGCUGUGGAUUGAGGGAAUCCUGGAGCUUAUUAAGAAGCAUCUCCUGUGUCUCUGGAAUGAUGGCUGCAUCAUGGGUUUCAUCAGCAAAGAGAAAGAACGUGCUUUAUUGAAGGACCAGAAACCAGGAACAUUCUUACUAAGGUUCAGUGAAAGCAGCAAAGAGGGAGCAAUCACAUUUACUUGGGUAGAAGAAUCUCAAAAUGAGCCCCAGUUCCACUCGGUAGAACCCUACACCAAGAAGGAGCUCUGUGCUGUCACUUUCCCCGAUAUCAUUCGCAACUACAAAGUGAUGGCAGCUGAAAACAUUCCUGAAAAUCCACUGAGAUUUCUGUACCCAGAUAUACCCAAGGACAAUGCCUUUGGAAAAUACUACUCCAGGCCUAAGGAGGCACCAGAACCCAUGGAUGUAGAUGGUCCCAAGGGUACAGGCUACAUCAAGACUGAGUUAAUUUCUGUAUCUGAAGUCCACCCUUCCAGGCUCCAGUCUCCAGAAAAUCUGCUCCCAAUGUCUCCUGAAGAGUUUGAUGAGGUGUCUCGGAUGGUGGGCUCAGCAGAGAUCGAUACUGUGAUGUGUUCAGCAUAUUCAACUUAAAGGCUGAGUCUUCUACUGCAUCAUUAAGACAGCUGAUCAGCUUAUGCAUCCUGCUCUGCAGUCAGUGACUUGGUGACACGCUUCCCUCUGAUUCUUUGGAUUCUCAACCUGAAGGUCCAGUAGCAGUUUUUAACUAAUGCAAAUAAUAAACAGCAGUCUGGUUUUGUUUAGAAGUUCUUUAUUAAAGAAUUGCUAGUUACUGGGAUACCAUGCCAGAGUGGAGGAAGAAGGGAAAGUAAUGAGAGAUCCUCAGCAAGAGCAAUGGGAGAAACAUGGCAUUUUUUGCUUAAGAGAAUUAGUUAAAUUUAACAUUUAAAACAGUUGGCUGUAUGUAGAAGGUUUCAAAGGAAAGCUAGUUCUUUUGCAGAGGUUCUGUUUAGAAAGCUUGCACCUAAGAAUCACAGAACUGUUCAGGUUGGAAAAGACCCUUGGGAUCACCAAGUCCAACCAUCAUCCCUACUCUACAGAGUUCUCCCCUAAACCAUAUCCACCAACACCACAUCUAAACAACCCUUAAACACAUCCAGGGAUGGUGACACCACCACCUCCCUGGGCAGCCUGUUCCAGUGUCUAACCACUCUUUCUGUGAAAAAAUGUUUCCUAAUAUCCAGUCUAAACCUCCCCUGGUGCAGCUUGAAGCCAUUCCCUCUUGUUCUGUCACUAAUUACCUGUGAGAAGAAACCAGCACCAACCUCUGUACAGUGACCUUUCAGGUAGUUGUAGAGACUGAUGAGGUCUCCCCUCAGCCUCCUCCUCCUCAAACUAAACGUUCCCAGCUCCUUCAAGCGUUCUUUAUAAGAUUGAUUCUCUAGGCCCUUCACCAGCUUCCUUGCCCUCCUCUGUCCUCGCUCCAGCACCUCGAGAUCUCUCUUGAAUUGAGGUGCCCAAAACUGGACCCAAUACUCCAGGUGUGGCCUCACCAGUGCUGAGUACAGGGGGACAAUCGCCUCUCUGCUUCUGCUGGUCACACUAUUUCUGAUACAAGCCAGGAUGCCAUUGGCUUUCUUGGCCACCUGGGCACACUGCUGGCUCAUAUUAAGCUGCUUGUCAAUGAGAACCCCCAGAUCCUUUUCUGCCAGACACUUUCCAGCCACACUUCCCCAAGCCUGGAGCAUUGCUUGGGGUUCUUGUGGCCCAAGUGCAGGACCUGGCACUUGGCCUUGUUGAAGCCCAGACCAUUGACAUGAGCCCAACGAUCCAAUCUAUCCUCUUUUAAUUGUGAUGACCUCAUUCUGCACCUCCUGCCUGUCUCCUAGCUCAUGAGGCUGCGUAGCCUAUAUACAUAUUCUAUAUAUUCUGCAUAGUUACUUCUGAAGAUGGAAGAAUUUUCAUCUGCAUCACAGAAGAGAAGCACUCUGCAGGUAUAUGCCCCACUGAAUCCAUGUGCUGCUGAAGUUUGUCUUGGUUUUAUCUUUCCUAAGAGCAGGGCAUGCUGGCAGAACAUGUGUCAACAAUGUUAUCUGCAUUUCAUUUUUGCUUGUUUCUCAAGGCGAGAUCUUUUUGCAUAGGGUGUCUAGCACAAUCUUUCUCAUGAAGAGCAGUUCUUAGGACACCACUUUAAAGCUGCACUGGCACAUGCUGAGCUAGCAACUCAACAUGUACAAUCAAGAUUAAAACCUCUACAGACUGCAAUCAUGCUGUCUAGCAGCACUAUCAGACAAAAUGAGAGCCUACUCUUAAAUCGAGUAUGUUUUUACUCACUGUUCUUAAUCUACCAGGGUGUGGCUCUGGGUACUCCUAUCUUUUACAAUAAUCCAUGCCCCCUUUAGGCUGCAACAGGUGGAACAGAACUUAAUUUUCUCAUGCACUGUGAACCAGGGCAUUUAUUUUAACUGUUGCUUUGAAUAGCUAGAAGGCUUUGAUGAUGAAGUGGUUUUGCAAUUAGAAAUGAGGAACAGGAAAGCAAAGUCAAAGUGUAUACUGAGUAAUGGCUGCAGGUUAUGCAAUCUUUAGUACUUAAAGGAUGAAGCUGUGCUUCCACCAGAGGAGGAACAUGCUUGUUUCUCAGCAUGUUUGAAGAUGAUUAACAACUCAUAGUUAAGAGGAGGGGUUGUCUUAAGUGUCAGGUCUCUUGGAUGAAGGGCAUGCAUUGGUGCAGGCUGAUGAGCACAGGGGCUGCACAACACCCUGGAUCCUGCAUGGUCACGUACAGGACCUGGGCAGCUGGCUCUAGGUGGCCCUGCUUGAGCAGGGGGGUUGGACAAGAUGACCCCCAGCAGUCCCUCCAACCUCAGCCUGGCUGUGACUCUGUGACACAGUUGCUCCUGCAGCUUCUCAGCCCACUGCUAUCUAUUCCCAGUGCCUGCUGGAGCAGUGGUGCCCAGUGCAACUCAGAGGGAUUGCAGAGCUACUUCUGUACUUAGAAAAUAACUACUGCUCUGCUUAGAAGAUGACUGGUUCAAUGUAGUGUGUUGUGCCCAGGAAGACUGAUGUACCCCCUGCAAAAAUCAGGGAGAAAGAAAGUUCAAAGGACCUAGACCACAUAACGUAUUUAAAUGGAAAGUACUGCUAAACUGACUUAUUUUUGGUGCGCUGGGUUACUGAGGUUAACAGUGCUACAGAAUCUCACAACUGAUGACUUAAUACUUUUAUUGUAACUAGCUGAAUGUGUAUCUUUGUUGUAAUAAGAAAAAAAAUCAAGUGUUUGUUUCUUGAGCUACAUGCACCUUGUACUUGUGUUCUAUAUGCAGCAGUUUGUUUUCAUUACUAUUAUACUUCAUCGACCAGGGUGAAAUUCUCUUGUGAAAGUUAAUGCAAUGGCCUUAUUCAUGGCUUUGUCUUUACAUGGCCAAUAGUUCUAAAAGCAAGGGGUUUUCCCCAAUAAAAUAUUCUUUUGCCAUUUUAAAUAAAUGGAACUGUCAGUUGA